ACAGCGACGGAGGAAGCCAAGCCGGCAGACGUCUGCUUCUCUUUUGUUCGUUUUUACCCUCGCUUCGCGUCGCGUCUUCCUUCUCCCUCCUCCGCAUCCGGCUGCUGCCCCUGAGCCUGCCCCCACCCCCUCGGCGCCCCCGCCGGAGCGCCGCCUCUACCCUUCGAUCCCGGUACGUCCUCUCCCCGAACCUCACCGCUCCGCCAGAUCCGGCCGCAGCGGAAGGAUCCGAUCGGGAAACACGCGGAUCACGCGCACAGACUGUCAGAAAGUUCAUUUCUCAUGUCGCUUCCGCUGCCGCCCGACUGCGCAGGUUCCACGAUGCAGCCGCCGAUGGGGAGCGAGAGGAGGACGCCGCCCGGCCGCCCUGUUUCAGCCUUCGUGCCGGGCGCCGCUGUCCCGCCUCCACCGUUUGCCGCCGGUGGCCCGUUCGCUCCGCCGCCGCGGCAGGGAGUGCCGCCUCCUCAGUCUGGUGCUGCGGCGCCUGCUUUCGGGGCUGCACCACCCGCCGCAAUGGGGGGUGGGUUCAGGGGUCCACCGCCGUCGCAGGGCCCCUACGGUGCGGGCACACUGCCCCACGGCCCUUUUGCUUCCGCGCCACCGCCUCAGGGCUCUUUCACCUCCGCGCCACCGUCUCAGGGCUCCUUUGCCUCCGCUCCACCGUCCCAGAGUCCCUUUACUUCCCCUCCACCGUCUCAGGGCCCCUUCGCUGCUGGACCACCGCCUACGGGCCCUUUUGCUGCUACACCAGCACCUUUUCGCCCUCCACCGUCAUCCCUUGCGCAGCCACAAUCUCCCACGGGAGGCGCUUUGCCUGCACCACCAACAUAUGCGAGGCCGCCACCGCCACUACAGUCACAAGGGUAUUACCCUGGUGCACCACCUGCGAACCCUCAAUACUCAAUGUCAAGGCCAGCAUUUCAACAACCAAUGCAGAAUAUGCCACCUCCUCCAAUGGGACCAGCUACCACAUUUGGUAAUCAGGCAGCUUAUCCAAGUGCCGGGCCUCCAGUCGGAGGCACACUUCAGAGCUUAGUGGAGGACUUCCAGUCACUGUCACUGAGCUCUACGCCUGGGUCACUUGACCCUGGUGUUGAUGUAAAAGGGCUGCCAAGGCCAUUGGAUGGUGACGAGGAACCAGUUAAGCUUAUGGAGGCAUACCCAUUGAAUUGCCACCCGAGGUACUUCCGUCUGACAACCCAUGCGAUUCCGGCAUCUCAGUCAUUGGUCUCCAGGUGGCAUUUGCCUCUUGGAGCUGUGGUGCACCCACUUGCAGAAUCACCUGAUGGGGAUGAAGUCCCAGUUAUCAACUUUGGGUCUGCCGGUGUCAUUCGCUGUCGAAGAUGCAGGACGUAUAUAAAUCCUUAUGCGACAUUUGCAGAUGCUGGAAGGAAAUGGCGCUGCAAUCUUUGCGCGUUGCUCAAUGACGUUCCUGGAGAGUACUUUUGUGGUCUUGAUGCUAGUGGCAGAAGGUACGAUACUGAUCAAAGACCUGAACUCUCUAAGGGAACUGUAGAGUUUGUUGCUCCAACAGAAUAUAUGGUGCGGCCACCGAUGCCGCCUUCCUAUUUCUUUAUUAUUGAUGUGUCUGUAUCCGCAGUACAGAGUGGAUUGCUUGAGGUUGUUGCAAAGACCAUCAAAUCAUGCCUUGAUGAACUUCCAGGCUUUCCACGAACACAGAUUGGAUUCUUAACCUUUGACAGCACCUUGCAUUUUCAUAACUUCAAGUCUUCUUUGUCACAGCCUCAAAUGAUGGUGGUUACUGAUUUGGAUGAUGUUUUUCUGCCAUUGCCUGAUGACCUCUUGGUUAAUUUGGUCGACUCAAGACAUGUUGUGGAAUCAUUUCUUGAUAGCUUGCCAAAUAUGUUUCAUGACAAUGUAAAUGUGGAGUCUGCUCUUGGUCCAGCACUUAAAGCAGCUUUCAUGGUUAUGAGUCAAAUUGGGGGGAAGUUGCUUGUCUUCCAGAGUACUUUGCCAUCUCUUGGUAUUGGUCGUUUGAGGUUACGAGGAGACGAUGUCCGUGCAUAUGGAACGGAUAAGGAGCAUACUCUGAGGGUACCAGAAGAUUCCUUCUACAAACAGAUGGCUGCUGAAUUCACAAAAUAUCAGAUUGCAGUGGACAUAUUUUCUUUCAGCGAUAAGUACUCAGAUAUAGCGUCUUUAGGAUCUUUGGCGAAGUAUACUGGUGGUCAGGUGUACCACUAUGCAUCAUUCCAGACACCUACACAUGGUGACAAACUUAAACUUGAGCUUAGUAGGGACCUUACACGAGAGACUGCAUGGGAAUCUGUUAUGCGUAUCAGAUGUGGAAAAGGAGUACGGUUCACAACCUAUCAUGGUCAUUUCAUGCUACGGUCCACAGACCUGUUAGCCCUUCCAGCUGUUGACUCUGAUAAAGCUUUUGCAAUGCAACUGUCGCUAGAGGAGACAUUAAUGACCACCCAGACUGUAUACUUCCAAGUGGCGUUGCUAUAUACAUCAUCCUCUGGUGAAAGGCGUAUCAGGGUCCACACAGCAGCUGCACCUGUGGUCACAGAUCUUAGUGAAAUGUAUCGUCAAGCAGAUACUGGUGCCAUUGUGUCAUUGUUGGGUAGAAUUGCGAUUGAAAAUUCACUGUCUGAUAAGCUGGACAGUGUCCGGCAGCAGUUACAGUUGAAGCUCGUUAAAAGUUUGAAGGAAUACCGCAAUUUAUAUGUUGUACAACACCGGAUAGGCGGGAGACUGAUUUUUCCCGAAUCUCUAAGGUUUUUGCCAUUGUACAUCCUGGCUAUCUGCAAAUCUCUUGCUCUUCGUGGAGGUUAUGCAGAUGUUUCUCUUGACGAACGAUGCGCUGCUGGUUUCUGCAUGAUGAUAUUGCCUGUAAAAAGGCUGCUCAAUUUUAUCUAUCCUUCUCUGUACAGAGUUGAUGAAGUACUCACAAUGGAACCAAACAAGGUUGAUGAUGUUUCAUUGAAGCGAUUGCCAUUAACGUUUCAGUGUUUAGAUACUGGAGGUUUGUACCUCCUUGAUGAUGGCUUCACUUUCCUAGUGUGGUUAGGUAGGAUGCUCCCGCCUGAACUUGUGAACAACAUUCUUGGAGUGAGCUUGGCAAACUUCCCUGACCUAUCAAAGAUUGUAUUGAGAGAGUGUGACAAUGAAUUGUCAAGAAAUUUCAUGAAAAUACUAAGAUCCCUGCGGGAGAAGGAUCCUUCCUAUCACCAGCUAUGCCGUGUGGUGCGACAGGGUGAACAGCCAAGAGAAGGCUAUCUGCUUCUAUCUAACCUUGUUGAGGACCAGAUGGCUGGAACAAGUAGUUACGUUGAUUGGAUACAGCAAAUUCACCGUCAAACGCAAAGCUAAUGACGAAGAACCAACAGGAAGUGAUGCUUGGAAUUUUUGCCUUAGUGUAAACUGCUGCAGGAUGUAGAUUCAGCUGCUGCCGGUUCCAAAUCAAUCUCGCAACCCCGUGGCAGAUCUUGUUCAGAAGCCAGCGGCCCAACAUGCCGGCUUGUAAGCAGCAUUUGUCUGGCAAAAAAAAUGCUGUUAAUAUCUGUCCAUGUGAUUAUUCUAUUUUUGCACAGUGAGAAUACAGCUGUUGUAUCGGAAUAAGUAGGCAACAAUACCGUGGGUAUUAUACAACUGGGUUCGUGUAGUGGCCUGUGCGUUUAUUAAUCGCGUUCUUUCCUCAUCUGGAUUCAGUUACUUGCCAUUUGGGUUAUAAAUAGUUCAUCGUGUAAACUAACUUUUUGGCUACUUUAGUCUGUUUGUAAUGGGAUAUCUCAUUUAAUUUAACUGACAUUCCAUUA